AUUUCUAUAUACAUGGAAAGAAUGCUUCAAUUUUUGUAGUUAAUGAAUUAAUUAAUGAGACAUAAUUGAUCAUUAACAUUUCAAGGGAUUUUCUUCUAAACAUAAGACAAAAUGCUUCCAACUGCAUAGAAGAAUAAAUGUUCUAUAACCGUAGAUAAAGCUGCUAGCAAUUUCCCUUCCUUGAGUUUAAUAUUAACUGAGACGUUUAUGCAACAGUUAGAAAGGAAAGUUACCAUUUUGCAAGAGAACAUUCUGAAAACCAGCAAAACACCAAAGAGAAAAUGCAGAUUUCUAUUUUCACCGUUGAUGCGUUUACAGAUCAACCAUUUCGUGGCAACCCUGCAGCCGUUUGUCUUCUUGAAGAUAAACUGGAAGAAAACCAGCACCAAAAAAUUGCAAAUGAAAUGAACCUUUCAGAAACGGCAUUCAUCAGAAAAUUGCACCCGACAGAUGACUUUACCAAAAGCUCCCGUUUUGGACUGAGGUGGUUUACCCCAGCCAAUGAGGUUCCUCUCUGUGGCCAUGCCACCCUCGCAUCAGCUGCUGUCCUCUUCCACGCUAAAAAAAAUGUGAAUCCCACCCUCACAUUUAUAACUCUGAGUGGAGAAUUGAUUGCCAGACAAGAGGAGGACCAUAUUAUCCUGGAUUUGCCCCUUUAUUUUACCCAUCCACAGGAUAUUAAGGAAGUGGAAGAGUUGGUGAAGGCAGCUGUAGGUGAUAAGAGUGUUCAGGAUGUUCGCUAUUCUUCUGAUACAAAAAAGCUUCUUAUUCGUCUCAGUGAUGCUUAUGAGAGGGCUGAUCUGGAGAAACUGAAAGUGGAUGCCGAAAAACUUCUGUCAGCUGAGAAGACUGGGAGAAUAAAAGGAGUAAUCGUCACACUGAAGGGAGAUGGCCGUGGGAAACAGGAAAGCUAUGACUUCUACUCCCGCUACUUUGCACCUUGGUAUGGUGUUUCGGAAGAUCCAGUUACAGGAUCUGCUCAUGCGGUUCUAAGUAGUUACUGGUCACAACAACUGGGGAAGAGGGAAAUGUGUGCAUUUCAGUGUUCUACUCGUGGGGGAAGGCUGAAGAUUUCACUCCGGCAGGAUGGAAGAGUAGACGUUGGUGGCCAAUCAAGCAUUGUGUUAAAAGGUUUUCUGACUAUUUGAAGAAAACCAGAAACACUUUCCAGCUAUCAGAUUGUUCAGAUUAUUGCUGAUGCGGAUGCAUAUCUUAAUUGGCAGAACAUGACUACUUAAUUUCAAAGGCAUAAUAUUCAUAAUUUAGAAGCAUUUAUUGUACUGUAAUUAAGGAGAUAGUCAAUCAUCAAUAUAAAAUCAGUAUCAUAGUAAAUACUGAUAUUAAUGUUUAUGCUUAGAUAAUCAUUUUAACAUAAUUUUAAGUACAAAGGUGAUUUUAUUAAUUAAUAGUGAAAAUACAGAAAUACUGUUGGUGCCUUAUGCCUGAGUGGACUUAAUGUCUACAGGAAGUAGAAUUAUGCAUUAUGUCUAAUGUCCAUAUCCAGUAGAGGGCAGUUCUUGAGUCACUCUGUUGUAGUGCCAGCAAAGUGCCUGGUGCUCUUGGGUGCAUGCUGCGCAUUAGUGCCCAAUGUCUCUCAUGCCAUUAUGUCCUUGACACCCUUGACAAUGUCCUGUUACACCAUUUCAUGGGUCAGUAAAGGAGUUUUUACCACCCCUCCUAUAUAGCUAGUUGUAAGUAAAGUCAUGUAGCAUUCCAUCAAAGUUUUCAAAAUAACUAAAUGAAUAUGGUUAUGUUUUUGUUUUUUAAUGCGGAGAAAUUUUAUAUGGUAAUAAUGAAAUUUAAAUAUACAAAUAAAAUGCAUUGAAUAGUUAUCUGCCUUUUUUCAAAUUAAAAAUGUUCAUUAAGCCCAA